AUGGCAUGCUGCGUCUCCGGAAAAUCAGCGACGCCGCUGGAGACCUACGCUAGAGCACUGCCGAGUGACGCAGACGCAGCUCCGAUGCUCUUCCCCAUGUACACUGUCGCCGCAGACAUGCUACUCAAAAUGACGAAGGUCGAGCCACACGAGGAGUUGAAGGCGCGGGGGGAGCUCGUCGUCUUCAGCGACGACAUGGGCAGAGCAGCCUUCGUUUCGCAUCAGUGGGUUGCUACUGAGCACCCGGAUCCCGACUUCAAGCAGAUGCGCAAUCUGCAGGAUGCCGUGAAGCGGCUCCUGAGUGGCCGUGGGUCGGUUUCACUGGACCAAAUUACUGAAAGCUUCGUACGUACUGCCAAGCCGAUACCCUUGCAGGAAUUUCAGCUAAGGGCCUUGUUCCUUUGGUACGACUAUUUCUCGUGCCCGCAGCUGGAGGAAAGGAAGUCUUUCGGCGCAGAUGAGACGGACGGAAGCCAGCAAGCCAGUGCUAUCAACAGCAUCCCAGCUUACGUCGCCAAGUGCCGCUUUUUCCUGGCUUUAUGCCCGGUGCUCGAUUGCCCCUUCGAGGGCAAGGUGUUGACAGCGGGCACGUGGAGCCGAAGGGGGUGGUGCCGCCUAGAGCGCGCUGCGCGAGAGCUGUCACCAGACAGCACUUGGAUUCUGAUUCGCAGCGAUACCUCUAUGGAAGUUGUGGGCACAGUGCUGUCGUUUCCGAGUGGAUGGGUCGGUGAGGGCGACUUCACAGUUGCGGAUGAUCGGCAGAAGCUGGCCCCGGUGAUGCGGCAGAUCCUGGUACAAAAGUUGAGUCAGUGCCUUCGAGGAGGCGACCUUCCCGGGUUCCGGCGGCACUUCAACCUCCAAGAGGUUCAUCUACGAGGCCUGGAAAUCGAGCCAGUGGAUGGCAUGCUUGAAGCGGUCUGUGAUGGCGACCCAGUGGCAGAGUUCCUCCAUCAGAAUGGAUUGAGGAGCGUCGACGAGGCCGACGGCGCAGGAUGGCGUCCGCUGCACUACGCUGCCCUCGCAGGCAAUACGGCAGUAAUGAAAGGGCUGCUGGAGCUGCGUGCCGACUUGAACCGGCGCACAUCGAAGGAUGAGCCGAUGCUGGGCUUUCCGCCUUGGACGUCGGUGCUUGAGAUUACCAGCUUCUACAAGCACCACGAGGCAACACGAUGGCUUCUUGCGGUGAGGGCCGAGUUGGAGGGUGGACUUGCUGGCAGUCCUGUCGUCUUUGCGGCAAUCUCUGACAAUGCAGAGGGUAUCCGGGAACUCUGUGUGGCAGGCCUGAAGCCACUGUCCAAUAACGUGGUUGGUGCCACCAACUUGGAGGCUGCUGCCUCCUAUGCGGCCGUCUCAGCUUUGAAGGAGCUGGUGCUGCAAGGGCGCCCGGAUGCCUUGGAGCUUUCAAGAGCGCUCUGGGGUGCUGCAACUUUUCGGGGCGGCUCGGCGGAGCUGGUGCUCUACCUCCUUGAACUCUGUGCCGACGUAAAUUUUCAGUUCAAGUUGCCUCGCGACUACAGGCCGCUGGGCCGGCUGCUUGUGGGCCUGAAGUCCUUGCAGCACCGCAUCGGCCUUAAGGUUUCCGUGAUGACGGCUCAUGCCUAUCACCUCCACGGCAGCACUCCACUGAUGCAGGCCGUCAAGUCGGCUCAGUUCGAGGCUGCAGCAGCCCUCAUCUCCGCCGGUGCCAGACUGGAGCUACGCAACUGCCGGAACUGGGCCGCGGCCGACUUUGCCAGGGGACAGUCGAUCCCGCAUUUCCUUCAGCUGGGUCUUAAGGGGGACACCUCGGAGUGCCGGAGGGUGUCCUCACUGGCGAUAGCUGACGGCUACGUGGAGGUUCCAUUCUAG